AUGAUGCUCGCACCGGAAGAGAAGGGGGCAGCUCUCAGCCAUCUUGUGGCAGCAUCCAGCGAGUCGGUCGCAUCAAGCCUCGUAGAAUCGGAGGUGAAUCCCGUAGAAGGGGCGCCAUCAUGCCCGGACACUUGCAAGAAGGCUUCGGCUGCGUCGUAACCAACAGGUUCGACCAGCUAUUGGACGACGAAUCCGACCCGUUCGAGGUCCUGAAAGCGGCGGAAAACAAGAAGAAGGAGGGGGCCGCUGCUGGGUCCACGAAAACCGCGGCUCAAGCCGCCAAGCAGCCGAAGAAGGAGUCCCAGAAGGACAGGAAAAACCCUCUGCUGGACAAAAAGGAAGAGUCUCAGGCGCCGGUUCCUCUGAAGAAAGAAGGAAUCAGGCGGGUGGGCAGAAGACCGGACCAGCAGGGUCAGUCCGGAUCCCAGCAUCAGGGCGGGCAGGGCGAAGGUCGACCCGCGGAUAAGAGGCCGGACCGGAGACCUCCCCGGGAGCGGCGCUUCGAGAAGCCCGCAGAGGACAAGCCGGAGGGAGGCGCAGACUUCCCCGUAGACAAGCCUUCUGGAGACAGGCCUCCCAGGGGGCGCGGCGGCGGCCGGGGGGCGCGAGGCGGACGAGGACGCGGCAUGGGCCGCGGCGAGGGCUUCGACUCGCGUGGGAAACGGGAAUUCGACAGACACAGCACCAACGACAAAUCUUCAAAAACCGAGGAGAAGCACGGCGGCUCCGGCUCGCACAACUGGGGCACGGUGAAGGAUGAAGUGAGAAGUACGCUGGGAGAGUUGACAAAGUGCUUCGCUUUCAGUGAGGCCGAACAGACCGCCGCCCCAGAGCCGACUCCGGAGGGAGAGGAAAACGCGCCCGCCGGCUCCGAGAACAAAGAGAACGAGGUGGAAGAGGUGAAACAGGAAGGCCCCAAAGAGAUGACGCUGGACGAGUGGAAGGCCAUGCAGGACAAGGAGCGCACCAAGGUGGAGUUCAACAUCCGCAAGCCCAACGAGGGAGCCGACAGCCAGUGGAAGAAGGGAUACGUGCUGCACAAGUCCAAGAGCGAAGACAGGCCUGUUGGUGCUUUGAUCGACGCGUCGGAACCAGAAGCAGAACCUCAUGCUCUAUUCAACAAGCAGGGCGCCGCCGACGAGUCCUCCGACCACCAUUUCCGCAAACCAGCCAACGACAUCACAUCCCAGCUGGAGAUCAACUUCGGAGACCUGGGGCGCCCCGGGCGCGGGCGUGGCGGCGCCCGCGGGGGCAGAGGGGGCCGCGGCGGGGGAGGCAGCCGGACGGCACGCGGGGGAGGACGUUCCGAAAAGGCCAGCGGAGUGUCAGUCCCCAACGUGGACGAUCCCGAGGCCUUCCCGGCCCUGGCCUGAAGACGGCGUCUUUUCCUCCACCAGCCCACCCAUCUGCCCUUCCGGGGGCCCCUCCUCUACGAGGCUUGCAUGCUUACCACAUCUUCAAGUAUAUAAGGAUAAAAGAAAAAAAAAAAAAAACAACAGUAAAAAAAAUAAAAUAAAACAAAACCAAAAAAAAAAAGGCAGACUGUCAUCCCACACCAGAGGACUUGAGUUUUAUCGGUUUUAAAGAAAAGACAAAAAAACAACAACCAGAUGGAAAAAGGACCUCUUGUUACACUGAAGUUUUGUAUUUAGGAACAUGAAAGCAGGGAUGUUUUUAUUCCCCCCCCCCCCCCCCUCUCAGAGAUCAUGCAUACUUCAUUAAUAUUUUUGUGCUGCUUGAAUUCCUGCAUUUCAAUUCUGCAGUUUGGUUGAAGUGUGAAAAUUGCUUUCCUUUCAAAAACUUUUUGUUUUUCUUUGUUUCUUUUCUUUUUGCCUCCCCACCUAAUGACUUCAGCACAGUAUUAGGUCAUCUGUAGAAAAGACUUUCUACUGGCGUUCCCCUCUGACCCCCCCAGUAAUACACACUGAUGUGGUAGUGCUACACUACAUAAGAAACGUGUGCUAGAUGUCUGAAGUACAGCUUAACUUAGGUUUUAAAGUGUAAAUAGUGGCCUCCUGACUACCCAUCGCCUCGCCAGGCACGAAUCCAAGAUGGGGGAACCAGCAAAGUGACUUCAUACGACAGCUUGGUAUUUUUCUGCUUCUUGUGCAGUGAAGGUCAACGCCUCUUUUCUUCUUCUUCUUUUUAAUAGUGGACCAGUGGUUAGUAAUGUUUGUAUCCCCUGAUCCAGAUGUGCUACCUGUGUUUUCAGGGCCCAAUGUAUUUUAAGGCUGGUCCUCCUAGGUCAUACGGACUGUACAAAUUUGUACCUUCAGGACCACUAAGCAAAUGUUUUUGUUUAUUUUGUGGUGUGUGUGUGUGUGUGUGUGUGUGUGUGUGUGUGUGUGUGUGUGUGUGUGUGUGUGUGUGUGUGAGACAGAAUGUGAGAGUUUUGACAGCUAUUUACGUAGAAUUUGAAGUAUUCCUCUGCUCUGAACUUUGCCAUUCUUUUACAGAAAGACGGGAAGUUCUCGCCUGAAAUAGUGAGAAGUGAUUAAGACGUAGAUGGACCACGGACAUAUCUUCAGAGCUCGAAGCACUUGUUUUUUGGGUUUUUUUUUAAAUCACCAACUGUCCUUUGAAGUUGUAUUUUUUUGCAGUUGAAAGUCCUCUUGUUUUUUUUGUUUGUUUUUUCUUUAUCAACAAGUGCGGACUCAUCGUUGCGUUGUGUUCAAGAAACGUCAGCCGUCAUUGUGGAACAAUCAUCGGGCCACAGAAUGUAAUGUAAGCUAAUGGUGCCUUCAGCCGCCUGUGUCGGUGUUGAGAGCGAGCUUUUUUUUUUUUUUAAUUACACCCCCAUGGUCUUAAAGACACAGGGGCUAUUCGAGCCUGCAAACUUUGUACCAUGAGCGCAGUCUGGCCAGGUCGCAGUGAUUCCGUGUGCGCUUUUUUUUUUUUUCCCCCUGCCUCCCCAACCGUGACAUCUGCCGCGCACUUCCAGAGCGUUGUGCUAAGACCGCAGGAGGGCUAACGAAAAUCAGCAUACUUAGAAUUCGGUUCGAGGUAAGCGCGGGAGAGAUGGAAGGCGUCGGAAACACGGGGGGAAGUUAAAGCUUUACAUUUUGUGCUCUAUAAAGGCUCACUGGCGUUGCGCCGAUACAGACGGCUGGAGCAGAUUUCUCAUUUGACUGUUUGAGCCACAUGACUAUGAAACUUUCUCUAUAAACAUCCCUGUUCCAAUAAAGUGCUCUAGAGGUGUGA